UCCCUCCCCCAGACAGGCCUCAUGGUCGCAUGCUACCACGGCUUCCAAAGUGUUGUGGCCCUGCUCAGCCGCUGUCCUUUCCUGGAUGUGAACCAGCAGGACAAAGAAGGAGACACAGCCCUCAUGCUGGCUGCCCAAGCAGGCCAUGUGCCUCUGGUGAGUCUCCUGAUCAACUACUAUGCUGGCCUUGACCUGGAGCGCCGGGACCAGCGGGGGCUAACUGCGCUGAUGAAGGCCGCCAUGCGGGACCGCUCCGAAUGCGUGGCUGCCCUCCUCAUGGCAGGUGCAUGGGGCCUGAACCAGGAUGUGUGCCACAGAGGGGCCCCAGCUUCCAGCUGCAACAGGAUGGGACUCUGUGGCUUUGCAUGUGCCGACCUGACUGCAGUGGAUCCUGUCAGGGGCAAGACAGCCCUGGAGUGGGCAUUUCUGACCGACAGCUUCGACACGGUGCAAAGGAUCCAGCAGCUGCUGCGGCGGCCCCAAGUGGAGCAGCUCAGCCAUCAUUACCAGCCUGAGUGGCCAGCCUUGCCCGGGCUUGUGGCACAGGCCCAGGCUCAGGCCUCCCCGUCUUUCCUAGAACGACUUCAGGCCACCUUGAGCCUCCCCUUCGCGCAGUCUCCUCAGGAGGGGGGUGUCCUGGACCACCUUGUGACCGUCACGACCAGCCUGGCGAGUCCUUUCCUCACCACUGCCUGCCACACCCUGUGCCCUGACCACCCACCUGCACUGGGCACUCGAAGCAAGUCUGUGCCAGAGCUGCUAGGCACUGCCCCGCCCCCUCCCCCAGUACCCCAACUCCCCCAGGAAGUCCCUGGCCCCCGGGUCUUCAUCCCCUACCAGAGCCCUCAGGGUGUACUGAGCAUGUGCUAUCAGUGGCUCCAGCCCAGAGAUAGUACCAGCCCCAGGCCCCAAGCCCCUAAGAUCCUCCUCUCCAAGGCACCCUCAUCUGGCGUUCAGUGGAAGCCAGAGCCCAGGUCUGCAGGGAAUCGAAGGCUGUCCCUUCCUGUCUGGAGAUACCAGGAGCUCAGGAUGGAGAGGAGGAGGCAGGAGGAGGCCAGGCUGGCACAGAGCCAGGGGACGAAGGGAUAGGCCGGACUGGGACUAGGUAAUCAAGCCCCUCCCUGAGGCUCCUUUGCCCUCUAGAGCCCCUUCUGCCUUCCCAUCCACCUCUGUCUAAGUGACUGUACUCUUAGCCUGUGUACAAGGUUAUUCAUACAGCAUUGUUUGCAACAGUAAAAGGGUGGAAACAGCCUAGGUGUCCAUCAAAAGGGGACUGGCUAAAUUGAUUCUGAGUGUAAAUACUGCACACCCGUAUGAUGUAUUCUGUACAGUGGCAAAACGAGAGUAAGGAAGCUCUUUAUGUUCUCAUGUGAAACUAUCUUCAAGAUGUAUUAAGUGAAAAAAAACCCCAAACAAGGGGUGGAACAGUGUGUACGGCAUGCUACUAUCUGUCAAAGUAAAAUCCACACCAAGAUAAACUCGACGAAUACAGAUAUGUAGUGAGUACCAAGAUUUAUUUAACUACUUAAUGAGCAAACCAGCCGCAUGGAUCAAAGGAAGAAAUGAAAAACUAUUAUAGACAUUCAGGGGAAAAAAGAAUGCUUGAAUAAGAUUGCAAAGAUAGAUACAAAAAUAUCAAUUCCUACCUGGCAAUAAAACCAUAACUGUUUUUUUUUCUUACCAGACAAAAAUAAUUUGCUAUUUAUCAAUCUUCUACGCGUUAACCUCUUAACUUUACAGUCUGCGCACUAAUCAAUAGUAAAUCGUAUAGCAAACUUAGUUCCUUCCCCUGAAUGACCCAUAGGUGGGGUUAUUAGCCAAUGAUCUAAAAUAUCUUUGAAAGGGCACUCAGUGAUUUUUUGGUGUGCCUUAUUUACAAGUUUUGGGUAUUUUUUCUUAACAUAUUUGUUGCAUAGAUAUGUUUGCUUGCUUAUUUGUGAUAAUGAAAGCAACCACUUGUAAGGUAUUUACUAUAUUCAUUAAUACACUUAACUCCCAAUAAUCCUAUGAGGAUUUUAUCUUUGAGGACACGGGGUACAGAGAGGGUUAGGAAUUGCCCAGGUUCACACAGCUAGAAACUGACAGAGAUCAAGAUUGAGAGCCAGCCAUUCCAGUUGUAGGGGCCAGACUCUUAACACCAAACCAUGCUGCCUCACAGCACCUUUCUGGAAAGAGACAUGACAGUAUUUUAGGGAAGAACACUGAGCAGCUGAUGAAGGGUGGGAGGGAGACUUUUCACUAAGUAUCUUCUUGAAACUUUAGGCCUUUUUAAAAAAUAAACUGAAUUUUUUCAAACAGUCGUAGAUUUACAGAAAAGUUGUGAAGGUCAUGCAGAGAGUUUGCAUGUACCCCGUACCCAGUGUCCUCUUUUAUUAACAUGAGUGUAGUACAUUUGUUACAAUUAACGAACGAAUGUUAAUACAUUACUAUUAAUAAAAUCCAUUCUUAAUUCAGGCUUCCUUAGUUUUUUCCUAA